AACUAUAAAAAAAUGUUUCUAUGUUAGUUAUCAAAAAACUAGCCUUAGAGUAAAUGCACAAACCCUUGAUUUAUUGAAACAUGCGGUAAAUUUAGCGAAAUAAUGCGAAAAAUUUAUUUUGUUCUUGCGAUAUCCAUUUCAUCAUUAUAAUUGUAAUAAUUUUUUUUGGUAUUGAAAAUUCCUUAACGACAGAGACACUGAAAUUAAAUUUGCUGUCCUACGCCUACCAGUACAAUCUUUUGUUAGGGCAUACAACAAAAUAAAAUCUUAUUUUGUACAGAUGAUUUAGUUUGCUACAAGUCUAGUUUUGCGCUCUUAUUGUGCAUAUUAUAUUGCCUCAGAAAACCAUAAUUUUACCAAAUUAUUUACAAGUGUUUGCAAAGAAUUAAAAGAAAAUGGCUCCACCGGAAGGAAUCUACCCCUCUACUAUUUCAGGAUCUGAAAGCAUGAAAAACCCCAGGAUUAACAAGGGGCUGGCUGCUGGAAUAGAAGAACGCCAAAUUCUGGGAAUACAUGGCCUACUCCCACCAAGGUAUAGUCCGGAGUUCAGAAUACAUGGCCUACUCCCACCAAGGUAUAGUCCGGAGUUUAGAAUACAUGGACUACUCCCACCAAGGUAUAGUCCGGAGUUCAGAAUGCAUGGCCUACUCCCACCAAGGUAUAGUCCGGAGUUCAGAGAUAGUUUUGAACGGUUUAAUCCCAACUAAGACGG